UUCAUUCCUAGGGAAUGACAUUGUUUCCUUAUCUGGCUGAAUUCAGUCUCUGAAGGAGGACUGCUGUUUCUAAUAAAGAGCUCCACCCUCAGCCACUGCCACAGCUGCUCCAUCGAAAACAAGGACAAAGCAGUGUCCCUCUUUGAGCAUCUACAACAUGGAUGCUUUUCAGGGCAUUUUAAAAUUCUUCCUUAACCAGAAAACUGCUAUUGGCUACAGUUUCAUGGCUCUGCUGACCGUGGGAAGUGAGCGUCUCUUUUCAGUCAUAGCCUUUAAGUGCCCCUGCAGCUCUGAGAAUAUGGUCUAUGGGAUGGUGUUCCUCUUCGCUCCUGCCUGGGUGUUACUAAUCCUGGGAUUCUUUCUGAGCAACAAGUCAUGGAGACUCUUCACAGGCUGCUGUGUGAAUCCCAGGAAAAUCUUCCCCAGAGGCCACUGCUGCCGCUUCUUCUACGUCCUUGGUCAGAUCACUCUGAGCUCAUUGGUGGCUCCCGUGAUGUGGCUGGCUGUGGCUCUGCUCAAUGGAACUUUUUAUGAAUGUGCCAUGAGCGGGACGAAAAGUCCAAGAAUCCUGGGAAUGAUUUGUAAAGGCAAGCCUAAAGUGUGCUGGGAAGAGCUUCACAAAGUACCUUGUGGCAAAAUGCUAUCCACGGACAAUGAAGAAUUGAAACUGUCCCUUCAGGCACAGUCUCAGAUUCUAGGAUGGUGCCUGAUUGUUUCAGCAUCUUUCUUCUCCCUGCUCACCAUUUGUUAUGCUCGCUGCCGAUCUAAAGUUAGCUAUCUUCAGCUGAGUUUUUGGAAGACAUAUGCACAAAAGGAGACGGAGCAAUUGGAAAAUACAUUUCUGGAAUAUGCCAACAAGCUGAGUGAGAGGAACCUGAAAUGCUUUUUUGAAAACAAGAGGGCAGAUGUCAUUCCCAUGCCCACUUUUGCCGCCUGGGAGGCUGCUUCAGAGCUGCAUUCUUUCGACCAGAGCCAGCAACACUACAGCACCCUCCACAGGGUGGUGGAGAAGGGUCUGGAACUUAGCCCUGAUGAGGAUGAGACGUCAAUGGUCCUAGUGGAUUCUGCCCACAAUAUGUAGCUCAUUCACCAUCACUGACUCCUGGUGUUGAGUGGUACACUCACUCUGAGAUCCUCUGACCGUAUCAACAGCAACCUGUGUAUUUCUUACAUUUUUUUUUACAAGACAGUAACACAAAGGAAACUGCUUUCAAGCUCUCAAGCGCAGGGUCAGCAUGUCAGGAUGUGCUCAAAUUGAUAGCUGCCUGGUGACAAAGGUGCUCUUGCAUUGGCAGAGAGUUGGGCUCAGUAGGCUCAAACGCCACUCCAAGUUCUGAGAUUUUGUCACUCAACAGAGAGACUCAUGAAAGCGGGUCUGCCAGCCUCUGUCAAUAUUGGUCACAGAAGCUGGGGGCAGAAGCAGUGGCUUGUGUGUAAGCAAGUUACUCUUAACAUAGAUUAACCUGCAUGAUACAUGUGCUGUGUGGUCAGCAGGAGUCUUCGUCCUGUAAAUCUAUCCCACUGCCUUUCAAGGAUAUAUGAAAUUCUUCACUUUGAAAUUCAUUCCCUCGGUAUUGGAAGACUUCAGUUUUCAAAAUGAAAGAAUAUGAUGACUAAAACUCAGUUUUUCCACACAUUUUCAGUGUAUACUGAAAACAUGUUUCUGGAGGCAUGGCCACGUCAUGACUUUUGUGGGCCCUGGGCACUUUUGUCUCCAUGGACCACUUUCUACAUUCAAAAUAGUAAUAAUA